UCCUUUUGAAGAGUAUUGCUCAUUUCAGAAAACAUUUACUUCAUUACUCAUUAGUUUGUAUAUCUUCUGCAAGUAGUUAUGUCUGGUUUGUACUCCCUUCGCUCCGGUCUUACAAAAGAAAGUUGAGUCAACAAAAAUUUGAUAAAUUUGGUCCAAAACUUUUGUUGACCUAACUUUCUCUUAUAUUUAAAAUUAGGAGCUGAGUACUAAAUUAGUUUAUUCAAGACCUAUCAAGCCACUUUUUCGAAACUUACUAAAUAUGAAGGAAGGUUUUUUAUCAUCGGCAGUUUUCUUGAGUUUUUGCAUCUUAUAGUUUCAUUUCCUUGAAUAUCAUACUCUUUUUUCCCAUAUAUAGAUAAUUGUUGUCAGGAUCUGGAUCCCCUGCAUUUAAAAAUACGCACAUUUAUAUGCAUUAGUUGAUCUUGACCAUUGAUGUGAGAUCAAUCGGCUCAGAUUACAAUUUCAUCAAAUCAUCUUUAAAUAAUUUGUACCAUUGAUUUGAGAUUAGAUGGUCAAUAUCAAUUACUGCGUCACGCAUUUAAUGCGUGGACUUUGAAUCAUUGUUUUCAAGAAAUUAAGUUAAAACUUUGUUCUUAUCUUAUGCAGGCAGUGAAAGCUUGGGAGAGCUUUAUUACUUUUACUUUUCAAGCCAGAAGAUUGUGAAUGGAAUUGGAAUUUCACUGAGUUCUUUUAUGCAAAAUUUGUUGCCGAAAUCCAGUCUUUGAACUAUCAUUAGUUGCAAAAUUGGAGUAAGAAAGAAUGUAUAGUGAAUCGGCACCAAAACCUCGAUUUGUAUAUUGUCCUAAAUGCUGGCAGCUGCUUCAAGAGUCUCCAAAUUUUGAUGUUUACAAGUGUGGUGGAUGUGGCACAACUCUUCAAGCUAAGAAACGAAAAAGUAGAGCUGUGAAUUCAGAAUCCGGCUUGUAUGUGACUGAUGAAGCUUCUAGAAAUGCAUCGGGUCGUGUUUCUGAUGACAAACAACAAUACAGCAAUGGAGAGGCAGAGCAGCUGGUUAGUCCUCAAGAGAAUGACUUGACGGAAAAAGCAGCCAGUUCAUCGUCUGCAGUUUGUUCUUCAGAGGAAAAUGAAAGAAGGGAUCAAAUUGAAAAUAGUGAAUGCAAUGGAGAGAAGCCGAUUACUGCUGAAGAAAAUAUUUUGAGGGGAAAAGCUUCUUUUUCUUCCUCAGGAGAAUGUUCGUCAGAGGGAAAUAUUGAAAGGGGUCAAAUUGAAAAUGCUGAAAGCAAUGAAGAGCAACAAUUUACUUCUCAGGAGAAUGGUUUGAGUGAAAAAAGAACUAGUUCUUCUUCGGGAGAAUGUUCGUUCGAUGGAAAUGGUGAAAGGGGUCAAAUUGAAAAUGGCGAAUGCAAUGAAGAGAGACCAGUUAUUUCUCAGGAGAAUGAUUUGAGAGAAAAGGCGACUAGUUCAUCAGGAAAUUGUUCAUUGGAUGAAAAUGGUGGAAGGGGUCAAAUUGAAAAUGGUGAAUGCAAUGAAGAGCAGCUUGGACCCUUAAAUUUAUCAGAUGAAGAACCGAAAAAUACGAUAGAUAUCUAUAAAUUAUCUGAUAUCAGACAUACAGUAUCGAACAAAGGUUGUUCAAAUGAUGAGCUCUCACACUGUGAUAUUGAGGCCUCUGCAGAAUCGACAGCAGAUAACUCAGGAGAAAAUGCAAAUAAGACUAACUUGAAACUAGAAAACGAAGAGCUAAGUAAUGGAAACAUGCCAUUAGAAGGAGAAGGAAAUCAAUUAAUUAGUUCAUUGGAUAGAGAAGAUUCCAUGGAUGAGAAAUCAGCUCUAGUAGGGGUAAAAUCUCAAGUGGACAUUGGUGGAAAUGCAUCUACUGCCGAAAGAUUGAAUACCGAAAACUUGGCGUCUGAAAGAGGAAGCAUUUCAGAAGAUUCUCCUCAUGAACUUAAAGAAGGUAUAUAUGAUAAUCAUGCAUCUUCUCCUCAAAAUAUUCACCAUAGCUUUGAUCAUUUAAGGUCUGCGCUGGAUACAUUUCACAAUGCAGAAGUAAAUAAUCUGAGUUUGGAAAUUAGUGGUGCACUAGAUGAAUUAUCAAAAUCUCCAACCACUAGAAGUUCUCAUGCUUAUGAUGGCAGUGUGUCUUCUAACGACGCGAUGGACGAGCGGUUCCUAGGUCAAAAAAUUUAUUCUUUUGAGGGAGGCUCUGGAAAAGGAAAAGACGUUAACCGCUUGUUAUAUGAAGAUGUUGAAACACAACAUCAGUCGAAUUUUCCUGACAGAAAGUACCGUGUCAUGAAUCGAAAUGACGUUCCGGAGACAUCAAGACAUGAUGAUCAUGCACAUUGUAUGAGAACAAAAAAAGUUGAGUUUCCAUUCAAAAUGCCUUUCCAUGGAAGUGGUUCCCAAUCUGGAUAUGAAAGCGGUAGUCCAUCAAAUCAAAUGUUUGAUGAAGUCUACUGCAGUUCAAGCUAUGUUUCGCCCGACUCCAUCGAGGAUCCUGAUCAGGAGAAGAUGAAACUGUUGAGAAUGGUUUAUAAAUUGCAGGAUCAGCUCAACAGAACCAGACAUGCAAACCGGGAAGGAAUCGAAAGAACGGCCAUGGAAAAUCAUAUUUCUGCAUACCAAAAAAGCCAUGAUUUUCAUGAAGGAAGAUUUUAUCACGGUUCAGAUUACCCUCGAGGAGAUACAAGCUAUAUUCAUGGCAUCAACUGGCACCAAAGGCAUAACUUUUUGUUUUCAGCUGAGCCAACAGGCAAUUCACACCAUGUUGAUCAUCCUUAUUUCAAUUGCUUUCCUCAAGAGCGGCAAUUCUCACGAGAGUUUCCUCCGCAUUUUCCUUACCAGCGUGAAGAUUUGUGUAGGCCUCAUCCAGGUCAUAGUCGUUGCUUAUCUCACCAAUCUUAUCCUUCGAGUUCGAGCCCGCAAUGGUUAAUGACCUCAGAACUCGUACACGGUCGUGAAACAAAAUCUUGUGAUCAGAGGCACAGAUCUUUUGAGACAAACUAUACUAGAGAUAAUCCAAGCUUGACUAAGCGGCAUUACCGGCCAGUAGCAGGUGGAGCACCAUUUAUCACUUGUCAUAAAUGCUUAAAGCUGCUGCAACUUCCUGCAAAUUUUCUCCUUUUCAAAAGAGUAUGUCAUCGACUCAAAUGUGGUUCAUGUCAAGAGGUACUUAAAUUUUCUCUGCAGAACAGAACUCAUAUAGUUUCUUACACUCCAAGAGCCGUUGGGCCCUCAUCAAGUGACUUUGAUCUACGAAACAAACUGACAAAUGGCAUGAAUCCUCAUGCUGAAUCGCAUGCUGUGGAUCCCGUGUCAUAUUCCGAUGAUUAUGGCCGUUCUAUCAGUAAAAGUUACUCCUCAGAAGGAGAUCAUGUUUCUGUUGCACCAGUUCAUCACUCGCGUAGCGGUGCACGCGAUAAUCCAAACGUCUCUCCCAGUACUUUUGAGGCUAUAACAGAAAGAGAGGCACCAGAGUCACCGCCAAAAAGUUCAGCACUUCAUCAACUCAUGGGUUAUUCCUCCCCAAGUCAAGUGAUAAGAGGGGCUCCAAUUCCAUCCUCUGUUGAAGGAAAAGAAACCAUGCUCAAUGGAGAACAUUAACUUCCAACAGAGGUGAAAAUUGAAUUUGUUGAAUAUAACUUGAAGCUGGGAAUGUCAAGAAAGGAAUUCUUUAUUGAAAUUUGAGAUAUAGUGAUCAAGAAAUAUACACAUUGGCUUAUUUUUUAUUAACUAUAUCGUGUCUUGAACAAGGGCAAUAAGAGUGACUCAUUGUUCUUCAAAAAAGUGUAUUUCAUUAUUCAAUUUUCUUAUACAGUUUGGCAACAGAUACAGAAAAUAUAAUAUUUGUAUAAAUGAGUUUGGUAUAUAUGGAGGUAACUAUUUGUGUUUAUUUUCAAACAA